UUGAAAGUUGAUGUAGAACUUUUGAAGGUUGAAGCUGGUCAUGAUUCUGUAUCUCACCCAAUAUCUUCAUUUCUUGAUCGUCAUAUCACUGUGUUCUAUUCGUUGAAUGAUGCUUGUCGUGAGUGCAGAUACCAAUGAACCUACGAUUGCUGUACCGUUCGGAUUUUAUUAUUCACUUACCCCAGAUAACUUGAUUGAAGAUAUGGCGGCGACGAGGAGGUUGCAGAAAGAAUUGCAAGAGAUACGAAACAAUGGUGUGAGGUCGUUCCGUGAUCUGAAAGUGGAUGACAGCAACAUUCUCACAUGGCAGGGGUUGAUCGUACCAAGCAAUGCGCCGUACAACAAGGGUGCUUUCCGAGUCGAGUUGAUUUUCCCUGCAGAGUAUCCAUUCAAGCCGCCAAGAGUAACAUUCAAGACUCGGAUUUACCAUCCCAAUAUUGAUGAAAAGGGACAGGUGUGUCUGCCCAUUAUUGCGGCCGAGAAUUGGAAGCCAGCCACAAAAACUGACCAGGUGCUGCAAGCUCUAAUUGCCUUGGUGAACGACCCGGAGCCUGAGCACCCACUAAGGGCUGAUGUUGCGGAGGAAUAUGCGCGGGAUAAGGCCAAGUUCAUGAAGAACGCUGAGGAUUUUACUCGAAAAUAUUCCGAGAAGCGACCGCAAGAUUGAUUUGAUUGUGUUUCCUGUGUUUGAGUAUGUUCCAACCCCUUGUGCACCGCAAUGCCCAUUAAAAUAAAUUCACAUACGUGUAAAUAA